UUGACUAUGAACCCUGAUCACGACGAAUAAAAGUUCCACUCGAUUCUAGAAUUUUCUAUUUCAAUUUUACUUUAAGAUAAAGAUUAUAGUUAUAGUAGCUUAAUAAUUGUAACUAUGAGUGAAAACAACCCUAGAAAUCCACAAAACUUUAAGCAGCUUUUGAAACACUGUAAUGCCGUUCAGGAACACUUAGAAAACAACAUGGUAGAUAUGGAGGAGGCGAAGAAGGAGAUGUCCACUAAUCCACAGGAGAGACAACAAAUAUUGCAAGAAGUUAUGAAAGGCAUGGCAGCAAAUCACCCAUUAGAAUUAUUACAACAUAAUAUAAAUUUACUAAAAGCCAAACAUAAUAGUUCAAAUUUGGACGAUUUAGUUGAAAUUUUAGAAGAUAUAGCAGAUUUUGUAGAAGACAUUGAUUUAGCCAAAGCAUUUCUUAAUUCCGGAUGUUCAUUAAUGAUUACUGAAUAUUUAAAGCAUGGCUCCGAAGACAUUAAAAUUGCUUGUUUUCAAUUAAUAUCAUCUUUAGUACAAAAUAACACAGAUGGUGAAAAAGUUGCCCUUGAAGAGAAAUGGUUCCAAACUAUUCUAGAAAUUAUUAACGAUAGCUCGUGUCCAAAUACAGUUUUAUCUUCUGCCUUAUCGCCAGUUUCAACAUUAAUAAGAACAAAAGAUGGUUACCAAUUUUUUAUGAAAAAUAACGGUUUGCAAUCUCUGAUAUCAUGGUUAAGUAGUGGAAUAGAUCGCUGUAUAGCAAAAUCGGCAUUUAUCAUAUAUAAUUUAAUAGAAGAAGAUUGGAAUCGCCAAUCAGAUUUUGUUAGCAAAAAGCUAAUUAAAGCGAUCAUACCUCAAUUGAAACCCUCUCACAACCAAACAACAGAAAUGCUUGCUAGAUCGUUAUAUUGCAUUUGUAAGAACUCUUUAGCAUCAUCUCAGUACCUAAAAGCCUCCUGGUCAGAAUUGAAUACUAACCUCGAUUCAUUAACAAAUGAUGCUAAAAAAAAUGGUGCGAUUGAAGAGGAUAUUCAAUGGUAUUUGAGAAUUCAGGAAUUCUUUCCUUUGUCAGACUAUACGCCUAAAAAACAAUUAUCAAUAGAAACAAAGUAG